AUGCGGAAGAGAUGGGCCUGCUGGAGCGGAAGUGACGCUUCCGGCGGCUGUGGCGGCGGCGGCUGCAGGAGAAGGAGGAGGAGGAGCCGGAGAAAGAGGGCUGCCUCCGAAGAAAGGAGAAUGGCGUUCAGCAAAGGAUUUCGGAUCUAUCACAAAUUGGAUCCCCCACCUUUCAGCCUCAUAGUGGAAACUAGGCAUAAGGAAGAAUGUCUUAUGUUCGAGUCCGGGGCUGUAGCCGUGCUCUCAUCAGCAGAAAAAGAGGCAAUCAAGGGUACAUACUCCAAAGUACUAGAUGCAUAUGGACUUUUAGGUGUUUUACGAUUAAAUCUUGGUGAUGCUAUGUUACAUUAUCUGGUCCUAGUCACUGGAUGCAUGUCUGUUGGGAAAAUUCAAGAAUCUGAAGUUUUCCGAGUUACUUCUACUGAAUUUAUAUCGCUACGAAUUGAUUCUUCAGAUGAGGAUCGCAUUUCAGAAGUGCGAAAAGUUUUGAAUUCAGGAAACUUUUAUUUUGCAUGGUCUGCAUCUGGAGUCAGUUUGGAUCUGAGUCUUAAUGCCCAUCGUAGCAUGCAAGAACAAACAACCGAUAACAGAUUUUUCUGGAAUCAGUCUUUACACUUACAUCUCAAGCACUAUGGUGUGAAUUGUGAUGACUGGUUAUUACGCCUCAUGUGUGGGGGAGUAGAAAUCAGAACAAUUUAUGCUGCUCAUAAACAGGCAAAGGCUUGCCUCAUUUCCAGACUAAGCUGUGAACGUGCUGGGACCAGAUUUAAUGUCCGGGGAACAAAUGAUGAUGGUCACGUCGCUAAUUUUGUAGAAACAGAACAGGUUGUGUAUUUAGAUGACUCUGUUUCUUCCUUCAUACAAAUCCGGGGAUCUGUCCCGUUGUUCUGGGAGCAACCAGGGUUGCAGGUGGGAUCUCACCGUGUCCGUAUGUCAAGGGGAUUUGAAGCCAAUGCACCUGCUUUUGACAGGCAUUUUAGAACACUUAAGAAUUUAUAUGGUAAACAAAUAAUAGUAAAUUUGCUUGGCUCUAAGGAAGGUGAACAUAUGCUAAGUAAGGCUUUCCAGAGUCAUUUGAAAGCUUCUGAGCAUGCUGCUGAUAUCCAGAUGGUGAAUUUUGACUAUCAUCAAAUGGUUAAAGGAGGAAAGGCAGAAAAAUUACAUAGUGUCCUUAAACCUCAAGUCCAAAAGUUCCUAGAUUAUGGAUUUUUUUAUUUCAAUGGAAGUGAAGUUCAAAGAUGCCAGAGUGGUACAGUUCGAACAAACUGCUUGGAUUGUCUUGAUAGAACAAAUAGUGUACAGGCGUUCCUUGGCUUAGAGAUGCUAGCCAAACAGUUGGAAGAUCUCGGCUUAGCUGAAAAGCCCCAGUUGGUGACUCGCUUUCAAGAAGUUUUUCGAUCUAUGUGGUCUGUGAAUGGUGAUUCAAUCAGUAAAAUUUAUGCAGGAACUGGAGCUCUAGAAGGAAAGGCGAAGUUAAAAGAUGGUGCUCGUUCUGUUACCAGAACAAUUCAGAAUAACUUCUUUGACAGCUCCAAACAAGAGGCCAUCGAUGUUUUGCUACUGGGAAAUACUCUAAAUAGUGAUUUAGCUGACAAAGCUCGAGCCCUUUUAACUACUGGAAGUUUGCGUGUUUCUGAACAGACAUUACAGUCAGCAUCUUCUAAAGUACUAAAGAGCAUGUGUGAAAAUUUCUACAAGUAUUCAAAGCCCAAGAAAAUUCGAGUGUGUGUGGGCACGUGGAACGUGAACGGCGGGAAGCAGUUUCGCAGCAUAGCUUUUAAGAAUCAGACCCUCACCGAUUGGCUUCUUGAUGCACCCAAGUUAGCUGGCAUCCAGGAGUUUCAAGAUAAAAGAAGUAAACCAACUGAUAUAUUUGCAAUUGGUUUUGAAGAGAUGGUAGAGUUGAAUGCUGGAAACAUUGUGAAUGCAAGCACAACAAAUCAGAAGCUCUGGGCUGUGGAACUUCAGAAGACCAUCUCCAGAGACAACAAGUAUGUGCUGCUGGCUUCUGAGCAGUUGGUGGGCGUCUGCCUGUUUGUUUUUAUCAGACCACAGCAUGCUCCGUUCAUCAGGGAUGUUGCGGUUGAUACUGUGAAGACUGGAAUGGGAGGCGCCACUGGAAAUAAGGGAGCGGUUGCAAUACGCAUGCUGUUCCACACAACUAGCCUCUGCUUCGUCUGCAGCCACUUUGCUGCAGGACAGUCACAAGUCAAAGAAAGAAAUGAAGAUUUUGUAGAAAUAGCACGGAAGCUGAGUUUUCCAAUGGGAAGGAUGCUGUUUUCCCAUGACUAUGUAUUUUGGUGUGGUGAUUUCAACUACCGAAUUGAUCUCCCUAAUGAAGAAGUUAAAGAGCUGAUAAGACAGCAAAAUUGGGAUUCUCUUAUAGCAGGAGAUCAACUUAUUAAUCAGAAAAAUGCUGGGCAGAUCUUUAGGGGAUUUUUAGAAGGAAAAGUAACCUUUGCUCCAACAUACAAAUACGAUUUGUUUUCCGAUGACUAUGACACCAGUGAGAAGUGCCGCACUCCUGCGUGGACAGACCGUGUCCUCUGGAGAAGACGGAAAUGGCCUUUCGACAGAUCAGCUGAAGAUUUAGAUCUUCUAAAUGCUAGUUUUCAAGAUGGAAGCAAAAUCCUCUACACGUGGACUCCUGGCACUUUGCUGCACUACGGAAGGGCUGAGCUGAAGACUUCGGACCAUAGGCCUGUCGUUGCCCUGAUUGAUAUCGAUAUAUUUGAAGUUGAAGCUGAAGAGAGGCAGAACAUUUAUAAAGAAGUGAUUGCCGUUCAGGGUCCACCAGAUGGUACGGUGUUAGUCUCAAUCAAGAGUUCCUUACCAGAAAGUAAUUUUUUCGACGAUGCUUUGAUUGAUGAGCUUCUGCAGCAGUUUACACACUUUGGUGAAGUUAUACUCAUAAGAUUUGUAGAAGAUAAAAUGUGGGUUACAUUUUUGGAGGGAAGCUCUGCCUUGAGUGUUCUGAGCCUGAAUGGUAAAGAGUUAUUGGGUCGGACUAUAACUAUUACUUUAAAAAGUCCAGACUGGAUCAAAAAUUUGGAAGAAGAAAUGAGUUUAGAGAAAAUCAGUGUCCCGCUGCCAUCGUCAACAAGCUCCACACUGCUGGGGGAGGACGCGGAGGUCACGGCCGACUUCGACAUGGAAGGCGAUGUCGAUGACUACAGUGCUGAGGUGGAGGAAAUUCUUCCUCAGCAUCUCCAGCCAUCUUCGAGUUCUGGCCUUGGCACUUCCCCGGGUUCUUCACCCCGAACCAGUCCCUGCCAGUCACCCACAAUAUCGGAGGGCCCUGUACCUGCCCUUCCCGUAAGACCAAGUCGAGCACCAUCGAGAACGCCUGGGCACCCAGCUUCACAAAGUUCUCCUGUUGACACUCUGCCAGCAACACAACCGCAGCAGAAAGAGUCUUCCCAGACCUUAGAACCCAAGCGGCCUCCUCCCCCCCGCCCCGUUGCCCCUCCUGCACGCCCAGCUCCCCCACAGAGACCGCCUCCACCUUCAGGGGCUAGGAGUCCUGCACCUGCUAGAAAAGAAUUUGGAGGUAUUGGAGCCCCUCCCAGUCCUGGGGUAGCUAGGCGAGAGAUGGAAGCACCCAAAAGCCCUGGAACGACACGGAAAGAAAAUAUAGGACGCAACCAGCCUUCACCUCAGGCAGGAUUCACAGGCCCAGGACCUGCUGGAUACAGUGCAACCAGACCGACUAUUCCGCCCCGCGCUGGAGUGAUCAGCGCCCCGCAGAGCCAUGCUCGGGCGUCUGCGGGGAGACUGACCCCCGAAAGCCAAAGCAAACCAGCAGAAGUACUGAGAGGGCCAGCUCUUCUUCCUGAACCACUGAAGCCCCAGGCUGCCCUUCCUGCGCAGCCCUCUCUGCCCACACCUGUUCAGAAGAUGCAGGAGCCUCUGGUCCCAGUGGCCGCACCUAUGCCUCAGGCCGCCCCGCAGCCAAACUUGGAAACCCCACCACAGCCACCACCUCGGAGCAGGUCUUCCCACAGCUUGCCUUCAGAGCCCUCAUCACAACCGCAGGUAAAAACAAAUGGCGUCUUGGCCAUCAGACUGGAAUCACCACUAAAGAAUGACCUUUUUGAAGAUCUGUCAUUGAAUCUGCUUACUGUAUCAAAGGCUCAGUUAUCUGUUCAAACCCCAGACCCAAAGGGGUUGAUUUCGUUGCCUUCUGCAACCCUAAGUAACACGAAUCCUUUGAGUUCUGUAAGCUGCAUGCCGACAAUGCCUCCAAUCCCAACCCGGAGCAAAUCCCAGGAAAACAUGCGCUGUUCUCCAAACCCAUUCGUCACAAGCUCCAGCAGCACAAAUCCUUUCACCGACAGGACUGCCGCUCCCAGAAACCCAUUUAGAGCCGAAGCUCAAGAAUCAGAGGCAACUCCAUGGUUCUCCAAAGAAGAGCCUGUUGCUCCCAGUCCUUUCCCUUCUCUGAAGCCGCUCGGUCAUGACAGCAGCAAGCCUUCAUCUUUGCUGGAUGGCUUUAAGGACAGUUUUGAUCCUCAGGGCCCACCUACAAUAAAAAUCAGCAACCCCAAAGGCUGGGUAACCUUCGAGGAAGAAGAGGACUUUGGGGUGACAGGGAAGCCGAGGUCCACUUGUUGUCCAGACUUACUGGGCAGUCAGCUGAAUUUGUCUUCCGGCUCCAAGGCGACCUUCGAUGAUGACUGGAACCAAGGUACCAGUGUCUCUUUCUGUGUGUUGCCGGCAAGAAGACCACCUCCACCUCCUGUCCCUCUCCUCCCACCUGGCACCACCCCUCCAGGAGGUCCUCUCACCACCUUGGCAUCUAAGGCAUCACCCACACUAGACUUUACAGAAAGAUGAUGUUCUGCGGUAGAAAGCAGCUGUUUUUUAGUUUCGGCAGGGUAGAGCCAAAAGAGUCGGGCAUUAGUUUUUCAUUAUGUGCAAUAAGUAAUUGUUAAGUGCACUGAUGGUUGUCAUGAAAUACCACUAUUUAAUGUGUACAGAGUUGGAAUAUGUGUAUAUUGGGAAUAAGGAAAAAUCUUUCUCGUUAUUAACUGGAAUUUUGGUGUGUUUCUGUUGGGAUAAAUAAGAGAGAGUAGAAGCCAUAAAAAGUGCUCAAAGCUACUUUAGAAAAUGGUCUUUAUUCAGAAAUUCUUUGUCAGUCCCCUUUAAAGAAUCUCCAAAAGCCCAACCAAAUUCUAGCUGACAGUACUGCCAGCCCGUCGGACUUGCUGACAAUUGGUAUUUACAAGUAUUUUACCAAAGAGCUGUCAAAGUCAUACUGAAACAAUUUAGAAAGACAUUGCUUUAAAAAAAAAAGUGUGUAUACACACACACACACACACACACACACUAAUAUAUACACAUAUAUUUGUAAAACUCAUUUAAAUUCUAAAACAUGUCAGACCAAAUUUUUACCUGAAAGCUCUAACAGAGUUCUUUUUUCAGUAUUUCAAUAUCAAAAGGAUGGGUGAAAAUGAAAUUUGGACAUUUCAUUAAUUUUCUUUCCAAAACGAGAAUCAUCUCACAACAGAACCAGAAUCUGCUACCAUUCCACACCCGCCCCUGUGCCACACAUCACACACUCUCAUUACUUUCCACUCCAGCACCUCCGCCUGCUGUUCUGUGGGAGGAGGCUCUGCAGCCGGGAACAGCAUACUGUGGUCACUGUCGUGUGGACAGACACUCUACAGCCUUUUCAAAAAUGCACGCUGGCCUUAGAUGUCAGGAAGGCACCUGCCACCAAGUUCAGUGAGAACUGUUAGAGCUAAACGUACGCUGCCCGCGUCCCUCCCACACUUCUGUCCGCUGCUCCCGCUCUGGAAGUCGGUGAGCAGGGCACCCGUCCCCCGGGCAGGUGUGCUGAACCGGGGUGUGCUGCGUGUGUGCUCUCUCCCCUCACGAGGCUACACGACCCAUCUGUGAUGCCGCUUUACGUUUUUAGAGGCUCCACCUCAAAUCAGCUGUGGAUUUUGUCUCCUGCACUGCCAAUAAGCAACUGAUCCUGCUUUGAUUAAUUUUAUGAAGAAGUACACGGAGUUUGUACAGAAUGUAGUAUUUUGAUAUCAUUAAGUAAUCCCAAUCAGAAAUCUCCUUGAGCAAUAGUUUGUUGUCAGUUUAAGUUAAAAUCACCUCUACCCGUUAAGACUUACAUUAACGUUCCUUUUAUACAAAGAGUUGUAUAUGUCCACCUAAAUCCCAUUGUCUACAUUUCACCUUCAAAGAUGUGCAUUGGGGCAACAUCAGAAAAUAGAGUUCAUGGCUAAGGAUAGGUAAAAUGUAAAAGCACAGCAAACUGCAUUGCACUUAACACGUAAAGCAAAUCUGUUAGGAAAAAGCACUUUUCUAAAUGCUCCAAUGUUAUCAGAAUACUAUAUUUAUAAAACUAAUCCUCUCUCUAUUAACAGCCAGGAUUUGCUGUUAGAAAUAACUCUUGUGAGUUUUAUAUUGUGCUUUUUUUGGAGGUCUUGAUCAUUUCAGCAGUAGUGUAUUUUAAACAGCAGUAUUACUAUAAGCAGUGUGCUUCAAAAUGUGAAUUAACUUGUUGAAACUGUGGCUUUAACAUCUAUGUGAUUAGUAUAUAUGGUAUUUGCUCUUUAUUAGCAAAAUUAUUCAUUAUGAACUUCACUAGUGCAGACUGCAGUUCUGUGAGCAAUGGUUCCUAUUGAAUAUAAACUACUGUCUAAAGUAUACAUAUCAUACCGCAGCUCAGCCUUUAUCAGGAAAUUCUAUUUGGCAAGUUGCUGAAAAAGUGCUCAGUUACGAAAGUUAAAGGUAUGCUGCAAAUAACUAGCCAUCAUUCUGUGUAUCCUUAAAAUAUUUAUGAGCUCUGUUAAAAGCAGAGCAGAAAUUAGACACUAAGGAUCUCUUUGUGAAUUCUUUGUUCUCUAUAGUAGAUUGCUGUUUAUAUGUAAGAAUUUUAUUGCUUAUGUGGCAUACAAUAUUUAUAACUAUGUACUUUAUAGAAGUACAGUAUUACAGUCAGUGGUAUAUAAACAUUAUGUGUAUAUAUAUAUAUAUCCUGUGAAAUGUGCUCUCAUAUGAAAUAAAUAUACCUGUCUUUACCAUAUUGACUACUUUGCUCAGAAGAGAAGAAUUUUUCUCGGCCAUUUUCCUUUAACAAGUUUAGUGACAUUUGAGGACUAACUCUUAUUGUCAAAUCAGGUAUUUUACAUUCAAGAUCUUAUUUUCAUCCCUUUCACUUCUCUAUAUAAUACUUCGGCUAAAAGUAAGAAGAAAGCUAUUCUGCGAUACUGAUCAUCAUUUAGAAGCCAUGCACUUAGUCUGUAAGAGGCCCCCAUUCAAAAUCCUGUUGGCUUGAAAAUAACACAUGAAGCAUGAAUGACGACUUUCUAACCCACUGCAAAAGAAACACCUGGGGGCCGGAGGGGAAACAGGCACACGAACAGCCAGACACAAGAAGAGACCACCUUAAAAGACCCAAAGUAAGAGGUCCAGUUUGGUAGUUCCAUCAGCAUUGCCUUUUUUCAGAUUGCUUUCAAGACAAAAACCUUGAUUCUCAAAUAGUUCAAUUGUAUUCAUUAACCUCUGAUGAAGAAGUUACAGAUACAGAAUAAUAGGCUUUGUAAAAACUUUUCAAAGAUAAUUGUAGAUUUGUACAUGGUUGUUUAAGAAAUAAUACAGAGAGAUCCCAUGUACCUGUUACUUGGUUUCCUUCAGUGGUAACGACUUGCAAAACUAGCACAGUUCCACACCCAGACACUAACAUCAAUAGAAAACGUUCCAUUGCCACAAAGAUCCCACAUGUUACCCUUCUCCCACUUCCCUCCCAUCCUGUGCCCCUCUCCUGUGUCCUUAACAUCUGGCCGCCACUAAUCUGUUCUCCAUUUCUGUAAUUGUGCCUCUUCAAGGAUGUUAUAUAAAUGGAAUCAUAUGUAACCUUU